AUCAUUUGCUUUAUUUAUGAUACCGCACCUUGCAUGCAAGACUGACUGAAGUUGGAACUCAUGAAUCCAUCAUGAUUUUACCACGGAUCUCUUGGUUAUUGGGAGCCGGAAAAGCACUAUGUAAUCCGCCACAGUUCUUGAAUCCAUACCUGGCUUCGACGACCAGCUACAUACGUUGGGCUUCAAAGAAAGCCGGUAGUUCAAAGAGGAAUACUGGCGGGAAGAGUCCAGGAAAAAGACUUGGCCCAAAGAAGACCCAUGGUCAAUACGCGUAUGAAAACCAGAUACUGGUCCGGCAGAAGAUGAACUUUAGAUUCUACCCUGGUCAAUUUGUGAAGACAGGCAGAGACAAGACACUAGUAGCCCAAGUGGCUGGGACAAUCCACUUCUCCAAAGAAAGAUGGCAUCCAAACCAUAAGACCCAGUUUGGAAGGGAGAUCGCACCACAGAUGUCUGACGAGGAGAUGGAGAGGACUUUUGUGCAUGUCAUUCCAGAGAAGGAGGUUGGCAAUUUUACACUGGUAGAACAGGUGUAGGAAUCCCUCUUUUUGGCAAGGUAUUGCAUUCUGGAUGUCAGAUGGGAUGAUUUAGGGAAUAUUUGUGCGUACAUGUGAUUCCAGAGGAGGAGGUUGGCAGUUUUAUACCGGUACCGGCGACAGGUGAAAGAACCCGUACGUGGGUGGAAGGUUGCACCCCUGAUAUCAGAUGUUGGUGCGGCAGAGAGGAACAAUCAAGCUAAACGUGUGAGAACCCAUUCGGUCGGGAUAUUCCACUUCCGUUGAAAUGAUGAGAAGAGGAUUCAUGAAUGUGAUACUGGAAGAGAAGGUUGGAUCUUUCAAAAUGAUGCCAUUGGAAUGAGCAGUUACAAACAUUGGAGGAUUAUUAAAGGAACAUCCAUUUGUGCCUGAAUGACUAACUGCAUGAGAAUACAAAUCACCAUUGAUGAACAAUAAGACAUGGGUCUUACUUACAAAACCUUCUGCUAUCCUUCGUCAAAAGUAAAACACCCCUUUUGUUUUCAGUAAGGGAUCAAAACAAGUUGAGGUUGCACCUAUUCUGUGAUGUUUUGCGGGGUGUUGAACUCUCAGUGUAUGAAACCAAUGGUGCGCAGUCUUUUACCAACAUUCUAUCAUAACUUCAUUUUUCAUAAGUGAUAAUAUAUCUCACACUCAAAUACGAGAUAAGAAGUAUAUGGAAUACCGUCCCUAUGCUUCACCUUUUUAAAACUAACAAUUCAGGCUCGGCCUUUUUAGAGAAAGUUUCAUUGAGAUGAAGUUGAAAUGCCCCUCUUCCCCUCCAUUAUGUUAUACAGGUUCAAAAUAUUAAAAAAACAUUGCAGAUAUUGUAUUAGUUGUCUCUGUCCCAGACCAUGCUUCAAGUGGCUGUUGGUUUUCACCCAGUGUUCUGUGGUCCCUAUUACACUGUAUUAUAUUUGUUUUAUGUGGAUAUACAGGAAAGCCUGCUUGUAGGAGAUGAAGAAGCUAAACUAUACUUUUACAUCGGUGAGGAUGAAUAAAAAAUUAAAAUGAAUUAUUUAUCAGA